AUGAAGAAAGGAAAAAAAACAUAGGAGCAUUUUGAUAUUGCAAUCCAUUAUAAAAAGUAACAAGAAUACUUGAGAUACAGUCUCUAAGAGAACUUAGAUAAUUAUGGUAUUUUGAAAAGUAAAGAAGGACUUUAGAAGCAAUCAUUCAGGGAACAAGAGUAAGAAAACAUAGAGAUAACACCUAAAAAGUCUAUGAGACCUAGAAGCGCGUAUACAUCAUUGAGUCAGGGAUUUUCAUCACGACAGAGACCAAUAACAGCACCCGGAUUCAAUUUGCAAGUAAAACAUAUGAUGAAGAUUAAUGAGAAUGAAGAGAUGGUAUCAGCACCAUAUCAUUCAGAAACUAAGUAUUGGAGGAAUACAAAGAAAUUUGAUAAAACAAACUAAAAUGUGAUUCGUAACCAUUCAGCUUUACAGAAGGUUUCUUUGGGAUGUGAAAGUGAAUUUUACAAUAUUGAGGAGGAAGAAACAAGAAAUCAGAAUAUGAUCGAGAAACAGAUCAUUAGGAAUAGAUUGUUCUCUCCGAUGUAGAGUUAACAAAAACAUUAAAUAAAUGAUAGAGACAUUCAAUAUUUAACGGAGGGGUUUUAUCAACAUGUAGCAUUAAUUAAAGGGACUCAACCUUAAAAGACAUUCAAGCAUUCCAAUUUGUAAAUAUGCGAUAAUCUUGUUGACAUAAUGAGAUUGAUAAAUGGGCAAACUUACACUAAAAGUCCUGUGAUCGUUAAGACGAAACCUUAAGGAUUGAGACCUCAAAGUGCAGUCAGCAAAUUAGUGAGUGUGAAUAAACGCUAUAAACCUGUGAGUGGAAAGAUGUAAUCGAUUGCAAUCAGAGGAUUCUAAUUGUGA